AGAUUUUUUGUGUGUUCGAGGAACUGUACUAGUUCACAUUACAUAUCAUAAAGUGCUGUUCAUCUUCCAUAUCAACUUUGAAUAAAGCUUUUCAAAGCAGCAUUUAUUCUUAAUAUCACAACUUUAAACUAAUUCACCAAAUUUUUUAUAUAUUGAUUUACUCUACAUACUCUCUUAAGUUUUUCUAGUUUGAGACUUUGGAAUGUCGACCUCAAGGUCACCCGGUAUUCCUUGAUUUCUUUCUUCACCGGUUGGCUGGUGUAUCAGGGUGGUGCGUGUGGGCUAUAACACGUUGAGUUCCGCCAAGUCAGUUUCUUUUUACUGCGGUUCAACUAUGUCUACUUUGGUACUGUCAAGAUAAAAGUUGUUCACAUUUUCAACAAGUUUAAUUACCGGUACUGCAUAAUAAUGAAUGAUCUAAGCUGCAAUAGUAUUUGUCAGCUGCUGUGCUGUCCUCCGUUGCCAUCCAAGAUUGCAGCUAAGCUAGCUUUUAUGCCACCACCCCCAAGCUAUAAGCUGACAGAACAAAUAGAUGAGGGGAAAACAUCGUACAGCUUUACACUUGCAUCAUACUUGAAGGAAUCAUUCAUUCAUUUCGUACCUGAGAAUAUGGAAUCCAUGAAAGCAACCACCAGAAGAGGAAACGAAAUUGCAAUUCUUUAUAUGCCUAUCAAUUCUUCAUCAAAACUGACUUUCUUGUUGAGCCAUGGAAAUGCUGUCGACUUGGGACUAAUGUUACACUUUAUGUAUGAAUUGGGGAGCAAGCUGAAUGUUAACAUAAUGUGCUAUGAUUAUUCUGGCUAUGGUGUAUCCACUGGAAAACCUUUGGAAAAGAAUUUGUACGCAGAUGCUGAGUGUGCACUGAAUGUUUUACGGACGAAAUACUCAGUACCUCUAAAUCAAAUCGUUUUAUAUGGCCAAAGCAUUGGGACUGUUCCAACAAUCCAUUUGGCCACCCUUCAUCGAGUUGCAGCUGUUGUACUUCACUCGCCGUUAAUGUCUGGAUUAAGGGUGGCUUUCCCAAGACUUAAACGGAACUACUGUUGUGACGUUUUCUCUAAUCUUGCACGCACACCAAAAAUUAUAUCACCUACUCUUGUGAUUCAUGGAACACGUGAUGAAGUUGUGAAUGUUACUCAUGGUUACCGUAUAUGUUCUGCUCUGGCAGGUCACUUAUUGUUGGAUCCUCUUUUCAUUGAUGGGGCUGGACAUAAUGACUGCGAACUUUUCCCUCAGUAUCUGUUGCGUCUAACUAAAUUGGUUACCGUGGAAUUGCCUCAGUUGUUGCUGAAUUCUAAUUGCUCAGAAAGUGUAAAAGUUCCAACUGCGGAAUCAACCAAACUCCUAGGAAAAACUAAAGGAGAUAGUGAGACAGAUUUAUCAAAUUCGGAUUCUAUACCAGUUUCUUUAAAUUCUCAUGGAUAUUUUAGCAUAAAUGGUAAUACAAUUGAUGCAGAAGAAGAAAAGUUAACGAAGUCAUUUAUUUCUCACCCUGAUCGUAAUGUCGCUUCAAAUUCGAAGUCCAGUAGAAUGAGUGUUGUUAAGGUUUGCGAAGAAGUAACUCUUGAUGAAAACAAUGAUUCUUUUGGAAAAACUAGCCCAGUGUCAUCACUAUCAUCACAUGAAUGUUCUGAGUUUGUUGAUGACAAUAGCGUUUCCCUUCUUACUAACAAUGAACUUCCGAAGAACUCUGACUAUUGUCCACCAAAAACUGAAGUUACUAAAGAAUCAAUGUUACAAGAAAAAACGACUUAUUCCAAGUGUUCAUUACCUACAAGGGAAUAUCCUGAUGGAUCAGUCGAUGAACUUUAUUCAACUUCCUCGAAUGUUUACGACCUCACACUCCCUCCUCCUCCUCCACCACCACCACCAACAAGUGGCGAUAUGGACUUCUUUCGAUCUUCUGAAGUUUUGUGGUCACUCCAUAGUCAGAAGAACGGCAAGACACAUACACUACCUCGAAAGUUAACAUCAAGGCUUUUGGAGACUGAAAUUGAUCAGAAUAAUCCACAUAUUUCAACAAAAAUGUGGACAUUACCUCGUGAUUUUCCCUCUGAAAAAGUUGGUCAAAUUUCUGACUACACAUUUUUAGGUACAAUGCUGAGUAGUAAUUCUGAAUCAGAAUUAACAUCGGACACUUAUGAUCCAGUAUUAAAACAAGAUUCACCAAAAUGUAUAAAUGAAACUGUACCUACACUAACUUAGGGUCUUUCUUAAAUCUUCAGUACACGAAAAAGCUAUAUUGCAAUAUAUUCAGUCAUAAUAUUUUACCGAAUCCCAUUUUUUUUUAUUAAUUUGUACUAUCUUUCUCAGUCUGUUUUUCUUAGAAAUUCUUAAUACCGGUACUCUAUAACAAACAUUCUUACUUCUUUCUGUGUUCCAGAUAAAAUGUAUUUAUUGUUUUUGAUCUCUUGUUGUAGUUAUUGCAUGUAUAUGUAAUAAUGUUGUUUGAGCACCAUCGAAUUUUUUCACUACUAGGUUAUAUAUGAUGCUUACUGUAAAAAGAUAAUAUGUACCGAAUAUAUAUUUCAAUGCUUUGAACUGUUGAUUAUUUCAAUUAUAAAGUAAUAAUUACUUUAUAACCAACGAUUUUUUAUUUUUCUGUUUAAGUAAUAAGUGAAACGACCUAUUUUAGUGUCUGUUUUUGAAUAAUUAAUAGAAUAUAUGGUUGAUCCGAGUAAAUUUUGUUCCUGGAUUUAUCACGUUUCAUCGUCGUAAAACGUCUGUGAAUUUACUGAAUGAAAAAUUAUGUACAUUGGUUCUCAGUAAGUCUUCUGGCUGUCGAAUCGUAACGAAGUUAGUUAGGACAGUGUCUGAAACAGCUUCUGUGACUUCCAUGUACCAGAGUAUAUAUCAAAUUCAUUCUUUGAGGGCUAGUCAUACUAUUACCCAGUCACGUCUGCUGGAGUUGGUGGAGCGGGAUUGUCACCACAAACUGGUUGGCUGAAAGUCAGGUGCUAAAGCCAGUGUAGACGUCUUAAUAGUUGUUCAUUACCAACAACAGACGUGAUCAAAUAGGUGCUAAAACUAGUGAAAUUUUCACAACAGGUUGCUUUCAAUGCUUAUCCUAUUUUAGUUUUUAAUCAUCUGAUUAGUUUUGUCAAGGCAUUUCAGUGCAUCCAUAGUGUGGUUGUUAAUAUACCAUUACAAAUAUGAAAGUAUAUUUUAUUGAUUUGAAACACUUGCUUCGGUGCAGGGAGGUAAACACACAGAAUUACUAAAACAACAAUAUAAGCAAAAGAAAAUUAGAAAAAUUGAGAGGUAGCGUCAUGAAAGCAAGUAAGGUGACUUGUCCAUAUCAUCACUCCGUGUUACUUUUAAAAAGAGAUGGAAAUCGCCAUAUUGGAUUAAUGUCUCGAGUCAUUGAGUCGGAUGACGCCCCGAAAUGUCCGCCCAGGGAGUCGUGAUGCAUCAACUGAUGCCAAGCCAACACAUCCUUCACCCCGUGUCAUGAGGUGACCACGUCUCCGCUUUUCCCACUCAGUCCUGGGGCUAUGAAAUAGUGAAUGGGGUGAAAGCUACCAGGAUCAGUGUCCCAAAAGGACACUUGUUGGAAAAUGACCACCAUCUCCAAACACGCUGUUGGACUUUAGAAUUAUGUACACGGUGAUGCCAUCGGAUGGAAGCAGUUCUACGGAGAUACUGAUGACCGGACAUGAAGGGUCGUCGUACUUUCUCAAUUCUGAGGGGUUUGAUUUUGCAAACGCAAAGCAAGAAUGUGCGUAUAGUAGCGUUGCAAAUCUGACAUUUCACAGUCACACUAACAUCAUGGUGUUAUAUGUGAUCCAUGAUGACAUUUUACUCUGGGUUUAACUUACUCAUCACAGUUCCACCAGGAAUCACAAAAUUACCUGGGUACAAUAACUUUUCGACUAUUUCUAAUAGUUGUAAUUUAACAUUUUAGAACAGCAUAUUGGACCGGAGUUCAAAUCUACCUCCACAUACUUCAGCCUCGAUGACUUGGUAGUAUUGAAAUCUCUAAAAUAUCACAUAUUCUUCAUGGUUUAUUAGUUAACUGUUCUUAUAACGGGAAGCUAAACUACAUUCUGGAUUUUUCGGAUUUUAUGUUAGGAGAUUUUCACUUGCUAACUCAUAUGAUUCGUUUUAA